UUAUUAUAUAAUAAUAAAAAAGUGUUAUAGAUAUAUUAAUUCUAAAUAUAAUCUUAAAUGAAUUUAUAUGAAACCUUCAUAUGUUUCUAUUAAAAUAUUUCUGUACCUAGAUUUUUUUCUCUAGUAUUGAUUUCUAAAAAAGUGUAGUAUCAAAAGAAAAACACACAGGGUGUAAAAUAGGGAGUGCCAAACGAAGGUAUUCAUUAAUAACCACGCCCAUUCAUCUAAUACUAAUAUAAAGUAACAUUGUAUUGCUCUUAAUGCUUCAGUCAUAAGCAUUCUUUCAGAGUGAAUACUUGUAGCAUGUGUACAAAAAUAUCCUAUGGAAUACAAUAAUAAUUAUUUAUAAAUGACAAGCAUUCUCAUAACACAUUUUGAUAAUAUUCUAUUAAAGAUUUUAGUUUCAUCAAAGUAUAAACUUACAUAAUUUAUGAAAAUGGAGAUGAACCUGACCACUGUCGCAUCAGUUUUAUUAUCAUCGUCUAGUAUUUCACCAUGUUCUCCAAAUGAAAUUGCUAUAAGUCCAGGUGACUGUGUCGAAAGUGGUGUUGAAGAAUGGCUUGAAGAUGAAACUUUAGCAGGAUUUCGUGUUUGGCAAUUGGCAGGAAUAAUUUUAUCUAUUUUACUUAGUAUAAUAAUCGGAUUAUGCUGUUGUAUUCGAUUCAGAGUACCAAGAACGAAACAAGAGAUAGAAGCAGAUUAUAUUCGAAAGAAAAUAACAAGAAAUUUUAGAAAGGAGCUAUCAAAAAUAAAUAAUUCAGAUAUGGAUGAGAUGAAUUUACAAAAAGCAUUAGACAGAAUACGUAAUGACUUUGAUGUACAAACAUAUGGAUUGCAGAAAGAGCAUGAAAAAAUUGCAAAUAACAGACCUCAACAAGUUGCACAAAAACGAAUUGAUACUAUAUUUACUGGUAUGCGUGACUGUCUUAGUAAAUGGAAGCGCACUGAUAGUGAUAACAUAAUUUAAUAAGUGGCAUUAUAAUGUAUAUUGUGCGACACCUUUUUUGAUUACUUAUUUA